UAUAUAGACUCAGCGUAUUUGGAGCCGAGCACUCUGCAGGAGGAACCAGUGAAAUACCACGAGGCGUGGCAGAAACUCUGCAGUGCUGAUGGCAUCCUGGUUCCAGGAGGUUUUGGUGUCAGAGGAACUGAAGGAAAGAUUCAAGCCAUCAACUGGGCCAGGAAACAGAAAAUACCUUUUCUAGGUGUGUGUCUUGGAAUGCAGCUGGCUGUAUGUGAAUUUGCCAGGAAUGUGCUUGGCUGGAAAGGUACUAUUAAUCUCCCUAUGUGAUAGGCCUGAUUUGGUAUAGUUUUUCGCUUUACCUGACAAAGAGUUGAU